AUGCCGGCCACAAGUCACCCGCAGCGAUCUCCCCGAAGCUCGCACAUUCAUCGCGACCCAACUUUCACGUUGUCCCCUGCGAUUCCCCUUCCGACAAGUCCUCCCAUCACCAGUUUAUUGUCUGCCCGACGACCCUCUUUCACCGCUGCCCUACCUACUACUGGCAUACAGAGAGACGACGCAGAGAUAGAGCGCAAAACAAAUGUACCUGUCCCAAGUGGUAUUGCGACUUCCAUGCCCAGCGCUCCCUCGUCGCCAGAGGACGGAGGCAACUUUCGGCGCAGCUUACAGAUUGACAUGAAGGGCCUGGUUGGAGAUGCUGUUGGAAAUAUGAGCAUCAGUCCCGCUAGUCGCGACGUCGUUCUGGCCGCCCGUCGUGGUCUAUUCAUUAUCGACCUUGAAGCUCCGCUAGAAGUUCCACGGUUCUUACCACAAGGAGGAACAUGGGACGUUGCUGACGUGCAGUGGAAUCCCCAUCCUUCGCGUGCAGAGUACAUCGUGUCGACCUCCAGUGAGAAGCUCCUUAUCUGGAAUCUUCGCAUUGUCGGCAAGACGUCCAUCGAGCACAUUUUGCACUCACACUAUCGAGCUAUCACGGAUAUCAAUUGGCAUACCACUGAGUGUGACACCGUUGCGUCGACCGGUAUAGACUCAUGGAUAUGGACAUGGGAUCUACGGGAACCAAGGAAACCAAUCUUUGUAGGUCUGUCUGCCUUCAAUGAAAGCGGAACUCAGGUUAAAUGGAACCGCCAGGAUUCAAAUAUCCUUGCAUCCUCGCAUGCUAACGAAGUGCUCAUCUGGGAUCGUAGAAAAGGUUCUUUGCCCAUGGUCUCGAUUCGCGCCCACGAUUCGAAAAUAUACGGCAUAGAUUGGUCGCAUUCCAUUAGAAAUGAGAUAGUCACCUGCUCCCUUGACCACACUAUCAAGGUUUGGGAUGUCAAUGCAUCACCAGCUACCACAUCAUCUUUUCGGGAUCUGCACUCACCAUCCCUUGGCUCCUCCCUUCAAUCUUUCACCCUUUACCCGACGGACGUUGAUGUGGGGGUGUUAUCAUCGACUGCAAGCUCGAACGGAAUCAACGGAACUGGGAGUUCGAGGUACACCCCGAUGGCCCCUAAGACUACCAUCCGAACGGUCUACCCAGUCUGGCGCGCUCGGAACCUACCUUUUGCGCAAGGAGUCUUGAGCCUUGCUCAACGUGGUGAAACGGCUUUAGAAAUGUACCGCACUGAUUCCUCGUUCCCGGGAGCUGGAUCUAAAGAAAAGACACCGACUAACGUACACACGACUUCACAUGUUCCCGUUGAAGUUUUCGAAGGACAUAAAGACGUCGUCAAAGAGUUUGUCUGGAGAAAAGGAGGUCAAGAGGCAACCGAGUAUCAGCUCAUCACCUGGUCCAAGGAUCGCACCCUUCGGUUUUGGCCAAUGGAUCAGGAAACGAUGCAGAAAGUGGGCCACAUAUACUCACCGCCUCGCGGCCGAGCUAGGUAUCCUACUGUCAAUGACCAAAACAUUUCAUUCCGUAAUCCACCUGAGGGCACGGAAUAUCACCCUGCCUUAUCUGCUCCUAUAGGCCACCGAUCUAUCCUCGCAGAGGUUCGCGCCGCUCCGCCCCGUAUGCGUCGUGGGGAUUUGGGACACUACAACAUCCACACAUCUGCACAGAGUAUCAACCCCGUGUUACAACCUCACGUAGGAUCCGCCCAUCGUGCAUCGUUGCAUGAGCACUUUGCUGCUGCCAGGGGUAGCAAUGGCAACACAGCGCUUCUAUCUACACCCGACGUAGGUGACUACGUUAGCGCGUCCACCAAUGAUAGUAAUCUAGAAACAACUGGCUCUGGCUCCGGUCCCAUAGGCGUGCCUCCUGGCACAAUACGUCGAUCAGGUACGAUGAGCAAGGGUGGACUGGGAGGGCGUUCGGUUGCUCGGAUGGACGCUCUUUCCUGGCUUCAAAAUGUUAGAGUUGGUCCUGGUAGUCAACAACAUCGAAGUAGUUCAUCCGGGCCUGGUAGCUCAAGCACGAGGAGUAGCACUGGACAAGAAUCGAAUCCGCCUUCGAGGUUGGGAUCCAGGUCCCGGCCAGCUAGUGGGUCAGACCGCAGAAAUACGUCAAGCAGGCAGACAUCUGAUACUUAUGACGAUAAUGAGAACGGGGGGUUCAUAGAAGAGAAGAGCAAGGACUUGGAAAAAGAGAAAGGGCGAUCAAGGAGAAGCUCCAGUCUUAGCCGGACCGGGACGGACGACAAAAAGGAAGAAUCCAGCCAGUCCUUGCAAGACGAGAUAACAUCUGUCCUAAACAGACUCUCUUCCUCCAAGAUCAAGCUAGAGAAGCACGACCUCACCAAGAAACGCACAUGUACUCUCGGUCUACAUGGGCCUUGGGGCGAACCUUCCUCGGUUUUCAUUCGUGUUACAUUUACCUUUCCCAAGGACUACCCUUCUGCCCUGCACCCCGAAGGAACGCCAACAAUUGAAGUGGAACGUAAUCCACUCAUCUCCAACCGAACUCGCGCACUGAUACUACGAAGGUUAAAAGUCAUACGUGAACGUAGACGGCCUUGCUUAGAGCCUUGCCUACGAUACUUAGCAUUUGGCACUGAAGAACAAAAUAUCCACCCUCCCCCAAUGGAUUCGGAAUCCUCUGAUGACGAUGAACACCUGACUCGUAAAUCUAGAGACCUCACCGUAGCUCUUUUAAGAAACAACAAGAACUUAGCCGAACCAAGAACAUCCCAGGGGACCUUCGGACCGAAUGGCGAGCUGGUCUGCUUCUUUCGUGCUCCCCCACGAAUUUUUCGAAGUGUUAACCACGAUCUAUCAACUUCUCCUUCUAAACCUUCGGUCCAGGAAACCGCCGAUGCAAAUGGCCUUCACCUCUAUCAAUCACCAUCUCUCCUCGCUGAUGCUAUUCGGCAUCUUGGAAUGGCCGCUUCUGAUCCAAGCACUCGAUCUUUAGGGAUUAAGCGCAUCGAGGGUGCUGGUGGUGGCGAUAUUCUUCGCAUCAUGACGAACCUUUUGACCGUCUCUCACAAUAACAAACACUUCUUCGACUCCAAACCACAAGGAGAUAUUCCGAAGAACUACCACCCCCAGGCCCCCGCCAGGAGAAGUACUAUAUAUAUCGCUCGCACGAAUGACAUCGCCGGCCCAGACCGCAAGGUUGCGACUGGCUAUGCGUUCUCUGGUGAUAGCCUCGCUUCCGUCUGCGACAGGAACGCCCAGGUAGCCAAAGAAUAUGGAAGGUAUGACCAUCAGAGGAUCUUCCAGAUCCUCCGCUCUGUGCUAUCUACUCUAUCACGCACGUCCAGCACUUCAGUCAACCAUAGGGUCCUGAUGCAGCUGUACGCUGAACUAGCGAAAGAAAAAGACAUUCAGAUGCUUGCCAUGCUUGCUGUUUUACUUCUUCAAGCUGGUGAGUAUACCGAGACCGACAAUGAUAAAGGAAAGCAAAAGAGCAAGAGUCUAGCCCGAAGCCCUCUAUCACCGUUAAUUACAUCCCUUACUAGCUUCGACUACUUUAGUCUCGCUCGGUCCAUCAACAGUGGAAAUAGCCCGGCACUUCUUCCCUGGCCUCGUGUCGCGUCUCCCUCCGUGCAAACAACGCCGACACAAACUCGCAGUUCAUGGUCCAGCAUUUUCAAUGCAGGGACCAUGCGCCAGCUUAUGUCCGGUUCGCAUGAUACAUUGAAAGAGAACUCACCGCCUCAACCUGGGACGCCAACAGUCAAUUCCUCCGAAGGCGGCAUUCCCGUCCCCUCUCUAAAUCGACCCCCACGUACACCCGAUCCACCGCGUCGCAUCACACGGCAUGAUAGUAUCGUGAGAUCUCCGUCAGCGAUCUCGAAGUCCUGGAACGAAUCUCUUUCUGCUACAAAGCCAGGAGCGGGGACUCCCUCUCCUCCUUAUCCAAGUUCAAAAGUACAUCCCAAGCGAUCCUCUGGGGAGAAAAGGCUAAUUUUCACGCCAGAGCCCAAUGCUAAUAUACCCACUGUAAACCCACUCCAAGAACCUCGCUUUGUCGGACAACUAUUGACGCAUAUACAUGUCUAUGCUGAGCUACUCUUCGCGUGGCAGCUAUACCAUCGAAGACUAGAGUUACUAAAAUGCGUCCGCAGUAGUAUACGUGACAAGGCACGCCAGGAGUUUAAUUCCGUUGUUCCCGGUGUGGGCCCGAAAUCCAGCAAAAUGGCAAUUCCUGCCCGUCUUGUGGUCAGCCAUCGAAGAUGCCUCUCUGUUCCAUAUGUCGGAUGCCUAUCAAAGGUUUAUCUAAAAGCUGCCUCAACUGCCUACAUGUCAGUCAUAUCAGGUGUUGGCAGACAUACAACCAAGCUUCUUGCUCGACUGGCUGUGGCUGCCACUGUUUUGACACAGGACCUGCGCAUCAAACCGUACAGGAGAACCAGUCAUAGUAUAAUAGUCGUAUUCAACACAUUGUAG